GUCGGGGACCUCGGGCAAGUUGUGAGGCGAGGCAGUCAGUCGCUCUCAGCUACAACAUGCAUAACGCAUGAGAGCUAGCUACGUCUUUUCUCUUAUCCGUAUAUUUUCUUUUUACUCCAAAAACUACGAAAUUAUAUUCCGUCUCGCUUAUUCGUGUUAUCGUGAUCCCCACAUAGGAACAUAUAGUUAACCAAUCGUUUGACGUAUUCAAGUUUGUGCGUAACCUGGAGUUAUUUUUUGCACAUAAUCUUGGUGUUUUUCAAGAAUUACUGUUUACAAAUUUAGAACGGUGUGAUUCAACGGAGUUUAGUCCUGUGGUCACCAGUUAGUCUGGUUUGUCGACGUUAGUGCUGUUAGAUUGUGUUCAAACGUUCAAUGAAACGCGUCGGGAUGUCGUGGUGAAUUUCAGACCAUUCAACGAUUAAUUUUUUCUUGGAGAACGAUUUUUCAAGGAAUUUCAGUUUAUUUGUUUUAAAAUAAGCCCGUGAAUGAUGUGGAAAUGUGGACGACCCAAUAUAAAAAUGACUGUGUACGAAGAGGAAAUAGACCACUAAAAGAAAAACCAUUAAGUUUCUUCUUAUCCGAUUUUUUGGCGCUACAGUGAACUACAUCGAAAAGAGUGAAUUUGUGUUUGCUUGUCUGCUUCGGUUUUUUUUUAACCAAACAUGGAAAAUAAUGUGGAUAGGAAUGUAGUGAAAACCGUGAUUAUGUGGAGUCUACCACCGAACAUUGUCAGUUAACGAGACUUACACAAUUUUAAACUCUUUGAAAUAGCCAAGGACCUUUAAAUUUUAGUGUAACAAAUAUUCAAAACUUUAUUUGGUUUUGAAUUGUCAGUGAUCGAAAAGUAUAAAGAGAAAUUCUAGGCUUCCCUAAGUAUCUAAUCGAAUACCUAUAGUCAACCUAUGAAAGUGGGUGCUCCGUACUGAACUACUGAAAAUCAAUUUAAUUCGUCUUGAGAAAGAAAUUAAAGAAAAAAACGCUCAUGGACUGAGAAGUUAAGUGAAUAUAAAUGAAAUAGAUAAGUGUACAUCUGUCAUCAACAAACAAAAUAAAAAAUUUGUGUGUUGUUGACAAGGGGGUGAAAAACCGCAACCAGCAAGUGGUGCGGUUAUAAUUGACUGGUGAGGGAGUAGAUGGCAGCUACCACGUACAUGCCGGUUAGUAGCGCAGUGUCAGCCGACCUGGACGGUGGUUCGGGUACAGCUAUCGGUAUGAACAUCGCUGUAGGUGGCUACUCAUCGGGUUCGCCCCGCAGCGCCGCCGAUGCCGGUGAAAUGAAGUACAUGCCGGCGCCGCAACACCACCACCAUCAUCAUCAUCAUCACCAAGUGUCAUCGUCACCCUCGCCAAAUGGCUUGUCUCAUCCAACGAGUUUACCGACGACAAAUCCAUGGGUUAGUCUUCAACCAGGAAGUGAUUCAUGGGCCGCAUCAAUGGGAAUGCAUCAUACGACUCAUCAUCCACACCAUCAUCCACACGCUCAGGGUAAUUCGAGCUUGGAUGUUAAACCAUUGGCUGCCGCAGCGACGGCAACUGACUCUGUCCAAGCAAUGCAUCACCGGGGUCCACAUCAAUCACCUGGAAUGGGAUCACCGCAUUCAUGGCAUGCACCAGUUGUACCGUCGGCUCACUAUAAUCCAAGUGGUGGUGCAGCAUCACCGACGACACUACAACAUUAUCAUGCUGCGAUGAAUGGUAUGCUACAUCAACAUCCACAUCAACAUCCCCAUCAACUUCACAAUCAUCAAACUGGUCUACCGCAUCACCUGAGGGAUGCUCAUAAUCACAGUCCACCGGCUGGACAUCCACUUCAUGGUGGUCAUCCACUAGAUAGGGAUCAUAGCGCUGGUGAAGAAGACACACCAACAUCAGAUGAUCUUGAAGCAUUUGCCAAACAAUUCAAACAACGACGUAUCAAGUUGGGUUUUACCCAGGCCGAUGUUGGUCUUGCACUUGGUACGCUUUACGGCAAUGUUUUUUCGCAAACGACGAUAUGCAGGUUCGAAGCAUUACAGCUGAGCUUCAAAAACAUGUGCAAAUUGAAACCCCUUCUGCAAAAAUGGCUUGAAGAGGCAGACUCAACGACAGGUUCACCGACAAGUAUCGAUAAAAUAGCGGCACAGGGUAGAAAAAGAAAAAAGCGAACGUCAAUCGAAGUAUCAGUUAAAGGUGCAUUGGAGCAACAUUUUCACAAGCAGCCAAAACCAUCAGCCCAAGAAAUAACUUCUCUCGCUGACAGUUUACAAUUAGAAAAAGAAGUCGUUCGGGUGUGGUUCUGCAACCGUCGGCAAAAAGAAAAACGUAUGACACCUCCGAAUACACUUGGCGACGGUAUGAUGGACGGUAUGCCACCUGGACAUCAAGGACAAGGUUUACAUCAAGGCUAUCAUCCGCAGGAUCAUCUUCAUGGAUCACCAAUGGGCCACAGUCAUAGUCCGCCAAUGUUGAGCCCUCAGGGUUUAACAGCACACUCUCUGGCGGCUCACUAGCGUUCGCCGGGGCCUCCCCCGCUGGGCCUCGCCAUAACCUCCCAAUCGAAUUCAACAACGAGUCCUGAUGGACUACCACCCUUUUAUCAUCACUACCUCCAGGCACGAACCACUGGAUACGGUGCUUCGUAGCUGCAGUGGCAGUACCAUCGUCAUCAAAACCAACAGCUUGAUCAGCACAUACAGUUUAUAACGAGUCAGUUGGAUAAUGACGAUCUGGAUGAUAAUCAAUGAUGACUUGUGACUUCAAGGAAAAGGGUUAUUUUCGAUACGGGGGUGAUAACGAGGCCUUAACCGGAGCACCGGGGUGGCCGCCGCAAGUGUUUCUUUUGUGUCCGGCUUUAUUGAUUAAUAACUUUAAAAAACGCAAUAGAGCCGUGGCAAUUAAAAAAAUGAAAACUAAACUAUUCUGCAAAGUUUUUACAAUACUGUGAAUAAACUCAUGUUAAAGUCGUAUAAACGAACCUGAAGAUGCAAUUUUUUAAACUUUGCGUAGACAAAAGGAACAGAGCGAAUCAACUGAGGAUUAUUCAAGUCGACAGAGAAUUUUAUCCCACGGAUAUUAUUGGACAAGGCCAAUAAACAGAAUGAAAAAAUGUAAAAAUGAAAUUUGAACGAACCUCUUAAACGCUUUUAUAUCAUCGUCGUUCCCAACGUUGUUGUUGAUAAAUUGUUGUUUGUUUGUUCCCUGUGACGUGUGUCUCUCUCUCUCUCGGUGAAGUGUUUUGAACGUGAUACAUAAAUGAUUAAUAGAGCAAUGAAAAAACCACCGUCGGGAAAACAUCGCGAUUUCCGAAACCAUCGUUUAAAAUCGAGGGAAUGUGGACAAAAUGUUAUAGUUACUUUUUCUUCGUUCUCAGCUGCAGCUCAAAAAAUAAACAAGUGUCGUGUCUCUUUAUUUUUAUUAUUAUUAUUAUUAUUAUUAUUAUUAUCAUUAUUAUUUUUGAAAGACGAUCAUGUAAUCCAUGUGUGUGUUAUCCAGAAACUGUUGAGCCUCUCGACCCUCUUUUUUCACCAAGUAAUGAUCAACUUCGUCGAAGAGAAAAAUCGUCUGUCUACUGUGUUGAUGAUGAACAGCUUCGAAUCUAGCAAUAGAAUAAACUAAUUUUUGAAAAGAAAACUUUUAUGCCGUCAAGAAGUUGGCUCGCUCGACCCAAUGAGAGUGAGUACGAUAUUCAAAACCAAAAAAAAAAACUUUCACUGUCGCUACACAGUUAUUCGGCAGUAUUCAAUAAUCAAGAAAUAUUCGAAAACAUAAUAAUAUGAAUAGCGGAGUUUAAGUGUGAAGCAAACAAUUUUUUUUAAUCAACUGUCAGAGAGGUCGCAGAGAAGGAUAUAACACACUCAGGGAUAGACACUCGGACACGCAUAUAAUAGCAAAAAGAAUACACACGAUCUCCAAAUAUCGUUUAUUAAAAUAGAUAUUAAAACAUCUAUACACGUACACAUAUAUGACUAGAGAGAACAAAGUAUACGUAUAUGAAAAAAUGAGUAAAGAGAAAUACACAAGCACAGAGAGGGACUAGCGCUCGCAGGCAAACCGUAUACCGUAGGGGAGUGCUCUUGUGCUCGGGUGGAAUUCACUGGGUGAUGUAACAUAAGUAAAUAUGGAUUGUAAAUACUGUACCAGAUAAAGCUAGUAAGUUAAGUGAGCAUGCUGCGUCGCGCGUCAUCGAGUUUGGAAUAUCCUCAUUUUUCUUCAUUUUUUUCAUGUUUAAUUUUUCUCCACUUUAAUGGGAUAAGAAAAUUUGAUUCCGCGAUUGGCAUUCAUCAAGAAAAACAUUAGAUGAGAAAAAUUAGUUAGGAAGAAGGGGAAAAAUGACACCUGUACGAAUCUUGCGUUGACGUGGUAGUGUAUAGGUUCAUGCAAAAAAUUAAACAAAAAAAUAUUCCUCUACGUUGAAGACAAUCAGAUAUUUCUCACAAUCUUUUACGUUUUUGUUGAGUUUUCAUCCUGUAUUGUGAUUAAAAUUGAAAUGAAAAAAUUCAGUCGACACAUGUCAAAAGUGUUUACUACAUUAUAGCAAAAUCAAUUAUUCCUAUAAUCUUGAGAUUUGCUAUGAUUAUUGAAAAUUGUUGUUAUUAUUCAAUUAUUAUCUUUUUUAUCAUGACAGAUAGCCGUGCCAAUGGGUUUUUUUUUCAAAUAUCACUGUGCCAGCAAUGUAGGAGAAAAUUCCAAAAUUCGUAGAUUUGUGAGAAAAUUACUGAUCGUUCAUUCAUUCGUUAUUAUUGUCUAUUCCUUUUGGUUUUUGUUAUUUUAAUGAAACGUGAGUGUCCAAUGAGAAAAGAAAAAUUAUAAUGUGGCGUUGUGAUUAAUUGGGAGGCGAGGUUAUAGAGAAAUGAAAUUAAUAGAAGAAAACUAAUUGAUAACAACAAACACCGAAAAUUGGCCUGAUAAUUAGCCGUUAGGGCCCAAAAUACCUGACAAAAAAAAAGAACCAAAAACGUGAACCGGUGGAAUUUAAGUUAUGAAAAAAGUGAGCAAUUGGAAGAAAUUGCGAUUGUGGAUCUUUUAUCCCGUUAAAUUGUUUAUAAUAAAUGAACUGCAAAUGGUGCCAAUAAAUAUUUGAUUAUCAACGGAUAGAGUGGAAUGCUGAGAUCACGUCAUUCUAUACAAAUAAAAAAACAGCAGAGGAAUAUCCGCAAUCGUAAAAGAUUUGGAAAAAGAAAUUGAAAGAUGAUACGCGAGCUUUUUUUCUCCUUAACUAAAACCUGUAAAAAUAGAACAUUGGAUUGAACAUAGAAGAGUGAAAGCGAAUGAAAAGCCGGUGUUAUGCUACGACACCAGUCAAAAGAUGGCAAAAACAAUAAACCCUUCAUUUAUGAAAA